AAUACUAAAUCCAUUCUGUUCUUUCGGACAACUCACAUCUGCAGGGUGUUGGUUCCUUUGUGUCCAAACCAAGGAAAGGCUCCCCUCCUCUCUCCCCCGCCAUUACCUUCUGUCUGUCUCUGUCUCUCUCUUGAAGCUGAGGAAAGGUAGCUGCAUGCUCUCCUUGCCUGCAGGCCGGCGCCAUGGAGGCCAACAAGCCUAGCUACUAUCUCUUCGUCUUCGUCUUCGCGGCGCUCCUCUUGUCCUCCAUGGCUGGAGCGCAGAGGAAGUUGCUGAUGAAUGAAGAUGAUGCAGGAUCGACGAUGCAGCAGGAAGACGACGAGGUGUUGGUGGUGGUGCACGGCGGGAGAAUCCUCAGGCAGGUGAAGACGAGCGACUACGGGAACUAUGACCCAACUCCGACCAUGGCCAAGCCUCACUUCAAGGACAUACCUAACUAACUGACCAUCUACAUAUAUAUCUGAGAUCAACGGCUGGAUAUACAUAUACUGCCGCUACGUGCUUCAAAGAUCAAGAUCUCAACACCGAUGGCAGGGUUAAUGCUUUCAUAUACAUAUAUAUAUAUGCGAGAGUAUGAUGUGUGCUACAUAUUAUUUGUCCCCGAAUAAAUCGUAUCUCAUGUAUCAAUGCACGACACGCGUGUGGAGCUUAUAUAUGUCUAUAUGUAUGUACACUAGUUUUGUGUGGAUAUAUAUACCUGGUGUGUGCAUCCUUGUUUGGUACUCA